GUGCUUUUGAAUUUGCAAUCUGUUCAGAAAAAUGGGACUGAGGACAUGUGUGGUUGUCGGCCUUACUCUUCUCUAUAUGACUUUAGCUGAGAACAACGACAACAGUUCGUUUGUAAAAAGACUAAGGAGCUACAAAAACACUUGUCGGGAAAUAGGAUGGGAACCAACCUGUGAAAGAAGGACCCGGAAUAGCAACAGUGUUGCCUUCCAUGUUUAUCUGAAGAAAUCUAUUUCAAGUAUUCAAAAGAAUCAGAUAAUCAAGUAUGAUCACGUAAUCACAAACAUUGGCGAAGGGUAUGACACAAACACGGGAAAAUUCACGGCUCCAGUGGAUGGAGUGUAUUCCUUUACUUGGACCUAUAUGACAAGGAAAGGAGCAAAGGUGUUUAUUGGCGGAUUUGUUGAUGGCAAGCAAAUUGUCUGGUCGGGCAUGUUUGAACAGUCUGCAACUUGGGCAAGUACUACUGGAAACCUUGUAAUAAGAAUGAAGAAGGGAAGUCAAUUUUGGACACCUAAUAGUGAGAGUCAUGUAGACUACAUACACAACUACCAUACUUACUUGAGCGGAUUCAAAAUAUCUGACAAAUGAUUUCACUUUCUAAUUGUGAACAUUGCUUUGUUAGAAAUAUAAUCAAAUUUUGAAGACUGUCUUCAAUAAAAAUUCCGUUCAUAUGUGUUUA